AUGGUUCUCUUCAAAGCACUCAUCGCAGCCGUGCCUCUGUUCUCUGGCACUGUUGCACAGUCAACAGGCCAAGGAGAAAAGGUCUGGGCUGCUGUCGCAUUCAUCAACCAUGGCGAGAGGACGCCUAUGGCAGCCAACCUUCGUACCGUCCUAACUCCAGAGGGAGCUCAGCAGAUGAUGCGACAAGGAACUGCCUUCCGUGCUCGGUAUAUCAAGGACGGCGUAAACAAUUCGGCCUAUGAUGGCAUCCAAACAGCCUAUCUCCAGAACCUCAAGCCCGAUAUGAUUGACAACGAUGAUCUGGAUCUCAUCUCCCAGACAGAUGAGUGGGUGUCGGGUGGUGCUAUGGCUUUCCUGCAAGGUCUCUACCCGCCAUCAAUCAACUCAUUCGACAGCAGCAUUGGAGGCGACGAAAUAGCUAUGAAUCUGGUUGAUGGCGACAACAAGACAGAAUAUCCUCUGAACGGAUAUCAAUAUCCCAACAUCCGGACUCCAAGCUACUUUGACCCCGAGUCUACUACAGUGCAAGGCAACGCGAGGUGUUCGGCAUGGCAGACAGAGACCACCACGAAUUUGACAGAAAACGACGCCCUGGGUGAUCUCUACCAAUCAACUCUGCCAUUCUAUCAGAACCUCUUCUCUACUCCCCCACUUGAGGGCACAAUUGACAUUGACUAUGCCAGCAUCUGGAACGCCUACCCUCUCUGGGAGUUUAUCGAUUACCAGUACCGCCACAACGAAACCGUCCAUGAAGGCCUCAAAGACGCCAACAACACACUGUCUUUCCUCAACACAAACGCUGUCAUCAUGGAGCGCGCACAGAACAGCUAUUUGGACAGUGCGGAUGAUAAUACCCCCAUGGACGUCCUCUACUCUAUCGCUGGGCGCACAAUGGCGUAUAAAGUCACAUCACAGUUCAGAAGCAAUAUCCGUUGGGGCAGUAGUUACAACAAACUCACCCUCAUGUUCGGUUCCAUGGAGCCCAUCCUCGGCUUCAUUUCUCUCUCGGGUCUGCUCACCAAAGAAAACAUCCUUAAAGAGCCCUGGUCCACGCUCCCCAAGCCUGGUGCAGCAUUGGUUUUCGAGCUUUUUGGCGAGGAUCCAGAUGCUCCCGACCGACAGCCAGCGACCGACAGUCUGCGCGUUAGAAUGUAUUACCGUGCCUCAGCGGACGCAGAUGAAUCUUUCCGUAACCAGCCUAUCUUCAAUUCUGGCCCUGACGGCAUUGCCUACUCAAAGUUUAUGCAAACUAUGAAUCAGCUUGGAAGAUCUCCUAAGCAGUGGUGCGACAUUUGCGGCCCUACACCUGCUCCCUGGUGUGACUUGGUCGAUUCUGAUAACACCGACUGGUCUGAUGACUUUUCGAUCAGGCCGGUCAUAGCAGGAGUUAUCGGUGCAAUAGUCUCAUUCGGUGUACUAGCUGCUCUACUUACAGGUCUGUGUAUCUGCGGCGGUUAUCGACUUCGCCGCAGGGCUCCUGCAGAGACACCACACGAGGCCAGUACUGUAGGAAGCGUCGCAGGGGGCUUCAAGGGACCCGAGAAGAAAGACGGCGAUGCUGAUGUGGUAGUCACAAAGCAAGGGGUUCACCAUGAGCGCGUUGGAAGCUGGGAACUCCGAAGUCCAAACGAACUCCCUCCUCCUCCUCAGACCUCUGGGAUUGUUACUAAGGACAUGGGAUCUCCUCGUCGACGAUCUUUGGAUGAUAGUGACGACGACAUCAGCGUCUUGGGAGCGACGCCAGUCAAGGCACGGGAGAGUGUUUGA